AUGGCGCCCUCCAACGGCAUUGUUUCGAGCGCAUCACACGUCAAUGGCUCAAAGCGUCCUGCUGCCGGCAAAGUGGUGCCAGCAAUCCCUCUUGCCUUGAGCAAACGCUCCGCUAGGCCGCAACCGAAGCCGGAGAUCGCUACAAAAGCUGUGGAAACAAAUGCGAAGCCGGCGGAGCAUGUAGAGCAUGUAGACAAGGAUAGCAAUGCGCUGGCGGAAGCUGUACCAAAGGCGGAUGAGGGCGUGAUCCAGCUACAGCCAGACUUGGCUCAGGCGGCUGUCGUCCAUGGUGUGCACAGCGAGAAAGAGGAGCACGAGCACGAGCAGGACCAGGCCACCAAUAAGCCCUCAACCGACACUCCAGUCUCACGAGGUAGCGCAGCCAUGGAAACGUCAAAUGGCGCCACUCCACAGUCGACACCCGGUGAAGCUGCUGCCCAGGAGCCAGAUUUGGUGAAUGGCCAGACGGAAGCGUCCAGCCCAACCAUUAUUGCGAGUCCUGUGUCUCGACGCAAGACAUCAGACAGAUUCGACAUGCGGCAGAUAAUGACUGGACUACCACCCGUUUUUGUGCCAUCCGCUGGGCAGCACACACCGCACUCUGCUUCGUCCUCCUUCACACGGCCAUACCCACCACCGGGUCUGGCCCACGGCCACCCAACCCAUCCCAGCGCCAGCAGCAUCGUCUUUGGGGGCGGUCAAGACUCUGCAAGCUCGUCUCCUGCCCCACCAUUGUCGGCUGGCUCAGCAUACGCGCCGCCUCCGCAAGCAGCCCAGCCACCUUUCUUCGCCCAUGCCCAUCACCCAUCAGAUCCACCACGUAUGGGCCCGCCCAAUGGUUUCAUGCACCACCAGUCGCCGAUGCAGAGAGGCACGCGGCAAGGGUUUGUACCUGGACCAGCACAGCCAUAUCAUCCUCAUGCACACAUGCCACGUCCGCACACUCCUCGUGAUCCUGGUCGACAAGCUGGGCCGCCAUUCACCAACGGCCACGGCUACCCUCUGCAGUCGCGCUCAGCCUCUCAAGCCUCUUCCAUUGCUUACGAUGUGCAACGUUCCGGCGGAGACCUCCAAUCACCCAUUGCUAUCGAGCAGCAAACCGACGGCAGAGGGAUGCACCCGGAUCAGAAAGCUGCGUUCUCCGGUCCUGGUCACCUCCCUGCUCCUCGACAGCACAUGGGCCCCCCGCCACCUCCAACCCUUACGCAUCCAGCCUUCGCCAACGACCACAAUGCUUUAGCCAUGCGUGACCACCUCUACUCUCACUUCGAAAGCCCGGAGCUCGCCGAUUGUCAUCUACAAAUUUCAGAUGAGACUAGCGGCAGACGGUACUUCGAUGGCCACAAGAUUAUUUUGGCUCGCUCUCCUACACUACUCUCACUUAUCCGUGGGAGUGCCGCGCCAACGUCUGGUGCAUUGAAGACCCAGGUCACCGUUCCGUUACAGGGCCAACAUGUGGCUGUAGGACCGUUCUUCGAGGCUUUACGAUUUCUGUAUGGUGGCCCAUUGCCAGACUUUGAUCCAUUCCGCAACACGGGUGUCGACAUCCCCGUCGACAAGCGCCUGGAUCUGGCCUUCAAGUACAUUGCUACGGGUGCGUGGCUCGACCUCACAGCCUUCGCUCAUCGUGGUGUGGAGAUAUGCUCGAGCCUGCUACACUGGGAGACGAUCCCCUCUACUCUUGCAUUCACCCUUGACGGAGGGCUUGGCCAGAUGUGGCCGACCAAAGACGGCCCAGAGGACGGCAACGAGGAAAAGAACAGCACAUGCUCUAGUGACGACUCCUUCAGGCAGCCUGAAGCCGGUGGCGCGCCACGACACGACCCGUACUCGUCCGCACUACUGCACCGUGCACUUGACUACAUGGUACAUCAGUUCCCGCCAAACUUUUACCUGGAUCAGUCGGCGCCCCAGCUUGCUUCGACACCUCGAUUACCGACCCAGCCCCCUACCCACGAAAGCAAGCCGUCACGGUCAGAUCCAAGACUGAGCAGCAUCCGGUUUGGAGACAUCUCGGCCGCAGAGGACCAUCAUCAGCGACCGUCCCAUGGAACAACGAACAUCUCCAGCAUCCUGCUGUCUUUGCCGUUUCCACUACUGAAAUUCCUGCUGGAACACCCAAUUCUCACCGAUCGUCUUGGACCUGACACGGUCAGCAGUAUCAUGCGACAAGUCGUGGGCGAGCGUGAAGCUCGCCGCCAGAAGGCCUUACUUCAGACUCGGACUGCCGUCAUUGACAUACUGUACUGGGAGGAGCUGGUGGAGCCUUACCGCCAGAACAAGGCCGGAUUUCGUCUUACCCGGAGACGCCGCGGUAUCAACACGCCUCCCAGCUCGAACGAGUCGGAUAAAGCGUUGUAA